AGGAAAAGGAGCUGGACUACAAUUCCCAGGGGUCUAAGCGAGCCAGAGAUGACUGUCCCACCUAGACAGCCAGCUCUAGCGGCGGGAGAGCUCCGCGGCCAGAGGGAUAAGAAGCAGCUGGCGAUGGACGUAUUCGGGGACUUGCGGCGAAUGAACAAACGCCAGCUAUAUUACCAAGUAUUAAAUUUUGCCAUGAUUGUGUCUUCUGCGCUUAUGAUAUGGAAAGGUCUGAUUGUCAUCACGGGAAGUGAAAGCCCUAUUGUUGUGGUACUCAGUGGCAGCAUGGAACCAGCAUUUCAUAGAGGAGACCUGUUGUUCUUAACAAAUUUCCAAGAAGACCCUAUUAGAGCUGGUGAAAUAGUUGUUUUUAAAGUUGAAGGCAGAGAUAUUCCAAUAGUUCACAGAGUAAUCAAAAUCCAUGAAAAAGAAAAUGGAAACAUCAAAUUUCUGACUAAGGGUGAUAAUAAUGAAGUUGAUGAUAGAGGCUUGUACAAAGAAGGUCAGAACUGGCUAGAAAAGAAGGAUGUUGUUGGAAGAGCGAGAGGCUUUUUGCCUUAUGUUGGGAUGGUUACCAUAAUAAUGAACGACUACCCAAAAUUUAAGUAUGCUCUUUUGGCAGUAAUGGGAGCAUAUGUAUUACUGAAACGUGAAUCCUAAAACAAGAAGAAAAAGGCCUUGCCCAAGAUUGAAGUUAAAACUAUUGAAAAAACUAAUAUAUUUCAAAUAUUCCAAUUUCUUUAUCAGGUUACGCAAAAACAUGCAAACUUAUUUGUUUCGUCCAAAUAAAUUGAGUAAUGAGUAAA